GAUCGCGCGUGUGCCGUGUUUUCGUUAUUCUUUUUGGGUACGACACGACGGAGUUAUUAUUUUUGUGUUACGUUUCUUUGAAAUAAAUACGUGUUGUUGUCGUUUGUCGUUAAUGGUUACAUAUUGUUUUAAUUUAAAGUAGUGAUUGUUGUCAUGAAAAUCAUUUUGUGUAUUUAGCACAUGUAAUAAUUUUUGAUCGUUUUCACUUUUCAAACACUUAUUUCACAAAAAAACCUAAUACACGCGCAAAAUGAGUGUCGACACGUAUGGUCCGAGUUCUCAAACUCUGACGUUUUUGGAAACGGAAGAAGCUGACAUGAUCGGUGCUGAUACUCAAGGAACUGAUUUUGACUUUACUGAUUUUACAUUGCCCUCUCAAAGCCAAGCACCCAUGUCACAAAUGGAUUCGUCAUCGCAUCAAAUGCAGUUAAUAAACAAUAAAGGUGAUAAAGAUGAUACUAAUGUUAUUACAGUAACAAAGAAAAUUGGUGAGUUACAAUUUGAAGAUGAAGAUGAAGAUUCGUUUUUCACUAAGGAGUUGCCUUACUAUGCUUGUAAAUAUUGUGGUAUUCAUGAUCCUGGAUGUGUAGUAAUGUGUAAUAUUUGUAAAAAAUGGUUUUGUAAUGGACGUGGAAAUACGUCUGGUUCACAUAUAAUAAAUCAUUUGGUGAGGGCCAAACACAAGGAAGUUACAUUACAUAAAGAUGGCCCACUUGGCGAAACUGUUUUAGAAUGUUAUUCGUGUGGUGUUAAAAAUGUAUUUGUACUUGGUUUUAUUCCUGCUAAAGCCGAUUCUGUUGUUAUACUUUUGUGUAGACAACCAUGUUCUACACAAAACGCCUUAAAAGAUAUGAAUUGGGACCAAGAACAAUGGAAACCAUUAAUUGCUGAUCGUUGUUUUUUAACUUGGUUAGUUAAGGUUCCAAAUGAAACUGAUCAAUUGCGUUCUAGACAUGUCAGUGCUACUCAAAUAGCUAAGCUUGAAGAACUUUGGAAAGAUAACAAUGAAGCUACAAUUAAUGAUCUUGAUAAACCUGGAGUGGACGAAGAGCCACAAAUUGUACUAUUGAGAUAUGAAGACGGCUUUCAAUAUCAAAAUGUAUUUGGACCGUUAGUCAAACUAGAAGCUGAUUAUGAUAAACGUCUAAAGGAGUCACAAACCCAAGAAAACAUUACUGUCCGUUGGGAUGUCGGUUUGAACAAGAAAACAAUAGCUUAUUUCCAUCUAGCUAAAACAGAUGGUGAUAUGCGUUUAAUGCAUGGUGAUGAAUUACGGUUACGGUUAACUGGUGAAAAUCCAUGGGCUGGUAUUGGUCAUGUCAUUAAAAUACCGGAUAAUUAUGGAGAAGACGUAGGAUUGGAAUUAAAAAUUAAUAAUGGUGUACCCACUGAUAUAACAUCAAAUUAUGUUGUUGACUUUAUAUGGAAGUCUACAUCAUUUGAUAGAAUGCAAUGUUCAUUAAAAAGAUUUGCUACUGAUGAAUCAUCUGUAUCAUCAUAUAUCUAUCAUAGAUUGCUUGGACAUGAAUUUGAUGAUUUGAUGUUUAGAUCACAUAUGCCCAAACAUUUUUCUGCUCCAAAUUUACCCGAUUUGAAUAGAUCACAGGUAUAUGCAGUUAAGCAUGCUGUUCAAAGGCCUUUGUCUUUAAUUCAAGGACCACCAGGAACAGGCAAAACUGUAACCUCUGCAACUAUUGUUUACCAACUUGUGAAAAUUAAUGGUGGGCCUGUAUUAGUGUGUGCACCAUCAAACAUUGCUGUUGAUCAAUUAACUGAAAAAAUACACCGAACAGGCUUGAAAGUAGUGCGUGUAUGUGCUAAAUCAAGAGAAGCUAUAGAUUCUCCUGUUUCAUUCUUAGCUCUUCAUAAUCAAGUUCGAAAAAUGUCUUGCAAUGUUGAACUUCAAAAAUUCCAGCAGCUUAAAGAUGAAACUGGUGAAUUGUCAAUGGCUGAUGAAAAAAGAUAUAGAGCUUUAAAAAAGGCAGCAGAAAGAGAAUUACUUAAAGCAGCUGAUGUUAUAUGUACUACAUGUGUUGGGGCUGGUGAUCCACGUUUAAUAAGGUUUAAAUUUCAUUCUAUUCUUAUUGAUGAAAGCAUGCAAGCUACAGAACCAGAAUGUAUGGUUCCGGUUGUAUUAGGUGUAAAACAGCUGAUACUUGUUGGAGAUCAUUGUCAACUUGGACCUGUUGUUAUGUGUAAAAAAGCAGCUAGGGCUGGUUUAAGUCAAUCAUUAUUUGAACGUUUGGUUGUAUUGGGUAUUAGGCCAUUCAGACUAGAAGUACAAUACAGAAUGCAUCCUGAACUUUCUAGAUUCCCCUCUAACUUUUUUUAUGAAGGUUCAUUGCAAAAUGGAGUCUGUUCUGAUGAUAGAAAAUUAAGCAAAAUUGAAUUCCCUUGGCCUGUAGCUGAUAAACCGAUGUUGUUCUAUGUAACUCAAGGCCAAGAAGAAAUUGCUGGAUCAGGUACAUCUUACUUGAAUCGAACUGAAGCAGCUAAUGUUGAAAAAAUUGCUACAAGAUUCUUAAGAUGUGGAGUAAAGCCUGAUCAAAUAGGUAUUAUAACACCCUAUGAAGGACAGCGGGCAUAUUUGGUGCAAUACAUGCAAUAUCAGGCACCUCUCCCAGCAAAAGUUUAUCAAGAAAUAGAAAUUGCUAGUGUUGAUGCAUUCCAAGGUCGUGAAAAAGAUUUAAUUAUUAUGUCAUGUGUUCGUUCAAAUGAACAUCAAGGAAUUGGUUUCUUAAAUGAUCCUAGACGCUUAAAUGUUGCCUUGACUCGUGCAAAAUAUGGUAUUCUCAUUGUGGGAAACCCAAAAGUGUUAUCAAAACAACAACUGUGGAACCACUUGUUGAAUUAUUAUAAAGCAAAUAAUGUGUUGGUAGAAGGACCACUAAAUAACUUAAAAGAGUCUUUAAUUCAAUUAUCUAAGCCUAAGCAACUAGUAAAUGCUGCAAAUCCUGGUUCACAUUUUAUGAAUACUCAUGUUUAUGAUGCUCGUGAAGCCUUAGUUCCAGGAAGUGUAUAUGAUCGUAAUAAUCAAGGAAAUGUACCAAAUGGUCAUACACCAUCACAAUAUUUCCCAAGACCAAGCCCAGGAGCUCCAGUUGGUUUAGGUUUAGAUUUGUAUGCUAGGAAUCAUGAUCCAUUGACAUUUAUUACUCCAGACACAAGGUCUCAACCACAAAUUGGCGGUAUACCUGUUGGUAUGGUUAUGAAUAUGAACUCUAUGGGACCUAGAUUUUUCAAUCAACAAUCUGUUCAAAAUCGUCAAAAUGUACGUAAUAAUCGUUUGCCAAUGACCAGCGGGCGUUUAAAGACAAAACCUAAUCAGAAAAAUCAAAAACCUAAUGGGAUUGGAGGAUCACCUCUUAGCCAAGCUAUUACUCAAGAUGUUUCACAACCCUAUAGUCAAAAUAUGUCCCAGAGUAUGUCUCAACCAGGUUUUAGUUUAUCACAACCAGGCUUAUCUCAACCUGAAUUAUCUCAAGAUAGUUAUAUGAUGGGUGAAUUUCAUUCUCAAAUGGAUGGGUUACUGUCCCAGGAUUCUACAUACCAAGGUGAUCGUACUGUAACUUCAUUCUACAACCCAUCAAAUACAUUGUACUCACAACCUUACUGAUUAUUUUCACAAUGGACCAGUACAGCCGAUUAGUUCGUGGGAGCGUCUUGUCAGUGCUGAUCAAAAGAAUUCUUGUAUAAUUGAGUGUCGAGUAUGGAUAAUAACAAUACCAGCAACAAUUGAAUAAAUUGAUGUUCGUGGACAAUUAUAAAAUCUAUGAUCUAAGAAGAACAUUUUAAAAGAUUAUAUAAUAAAUAAGUAAAUAUCAUUUGUGGGGCGAUCCUCUUGAAUUUUAUUCUACAGAAAUGUAUUUGGUGAAAAAUGCAUGUUAAUGGUUCAUAAUUAUAAUUUUGUUUUGUUUUUAGUUCUCAUAAAGUUAUUAUCUAUUUUUUUUUUAAGUAAAAAAAAAUGUUUUUCUAAUUUUUUACCUAAAAUGAAUUUUCAUUAUUAGUUAAAAAACUGAAGCCAUUGUCCCUUAAUUAUUAAAUAUUUGAUCUUUAUACAAGUAUUUUACACUUAGGUGUAUUAUUAUAUAAAUAUUUUCAUUUAGUAAUUAUUAAUUAAUAUGACAAGAAAUUCAAAUUUCUCUAAGUAUACUUUAUAAUGUUUAUUUUAAUUAUUGGUUUAUGAUUUUAAUUGAAUACAAUUUUGUGUUUAAUAGUUUUUAAGUUGGGGUAACAGUUGUGGUAGUUAAUUAUUAUUUUUUAUUCGUUCAUUCUUAAAGAUUCUGGUAUUAAAUAUUAGAUUAGCCUAUCUAUUAUUAUUAUUAUUAUAAUUACAGUUAUAAUUUUAAUUGUAAAUGUUUUAAAUGGUUUAAUUGUGUAAAAUUUAUUCAUAAAUGUGUAAUGAUUAAGAAAUCAUGCGAAAAUAAUGAAUCAGUUUUUGAAGUAAUUGUUAAUAUUCGUCUUUACUAAAGAAAUAAAGAAAUCUAUUUAACAAGUUAAUAAAAA